CACACAUGCGCGCGCGCACACACACAGCCGCAGUCAGACAGACUGGCUCUACGUAGCAACGACAGGCAGGGAAAACAAACUCCUCCAGCCCUUCACAAACCAACAACUGUCGCAGAAGUGAAGUUGACGCGAUGUUAAACACGAAAUGCUACCGUUUAGUCUGAGGAGACAGCCAACAACAAGGAAGAGGCUGCUGAAAGUGGCUCAACUGUGACAGCAGCUGGAGACAUUAGCCGAGGGAUUUGUGGACCGCACGUGGAAAGCACCGCUGAAACACAUCGAUGGUGUCUUGCUGCUACAAUUUCUGACAAUGGCCCUCUGUCCCUGCUGAGUCCAAGUCCGCCUCAUUUACAUCCCCAUGAUUGUGGACACGGCUGUCAGUCUCCGUCCUCACGUUGUGCUGGUGCCAGACGCAAGAGAGGAUCUCGUCCUCUCCCCUUUAACUGUUUGCCAGCUGUUUCACUCCUGCCCACUUCAGAGAUGAGUGCCAAGUCAGCCAUCAACAAGGAGGUCUUCAUACCCCACGAUGAGAAGAUGCUUGCUGCCGUGCAGGUGAAGCGGAGGACCAAGAAGAAGAUCCCCUUCCUGGCCACUGGUGGUCAGGGAGACUACAUGACCUUCAUCUGCGUCUCAGUGACAAAUAAGAAACCGUCCCACGUAUCCAUCACUAAGGUGAAGCAGUUCCAAGGAUCUUCUGCCUUCGUAAAAAGGUCACAGUGGACAAUCGACCAGCUGCGGCAGGUCAACGGGAUUGACCCAAACAAAGACUCUCCAGAGUUUGACCUGAUGUUUGAGAAUGCGUUUGACCAGUGGGUUGCUGGAUCAGCAGGAGAGAAGUGCACCUUCAUCCAGAUUCUUCACCACACCUGCCAGCGCUACAGCUCAGCACGGAAACCAGAGUUCAUCAACUGUCAGUCUAAGCUGCUGGGGGAAGACCAGGAUGUAGAUUCAGUCUUUUUUCGUUGCAAGGUCUAUUUGAACAGAAAGAGGAAAGAAUUUGUUGCACACCACGGUCAUCUACUAAGACGAGGUAACAGUAUACUACACUCAGCAGCUGACAGUGUGACGAGUGCUGUACAGAAGGCCAGCCAGGCUCUGAAUGAGCGCGGCGAGCGAUUAGGUCGGGCCGAGGAGAGGACCGCAGACAUGAUGAACAGUGCUGAACAGUUUGCUGUUACUGCACACAAGGUGAGGCACCCUGUUAGUAAGACAGUGUACAUUACAAUGCAUAACCUCAGGAUUAGUUAGUUAGUUAGUUAGAUCUUUAUUUUUGAACCCGGCAAAUAGAAUAAGACAACAAAAAUAUGAACAAGAAAAAAACAACAUCAGAUUGCCCACCGGACGUAUUGAGUAAACAAACGUAAGUAUUUCAUGUCUGAAAAGGAGUAAGAGGAAGUAAAUAUCUCAGGGUGGGCUUACUGGUUUAACAAAGCUGACUUCCAGUUCCCCCUCAUGUGUUAUGGACAUUUGCAAGUAAUUUUAAAGUCGUUAUUAGUUCAGCCAAAAGAUCAAACAUUUUACUUAAACCUGAGGAUAUUUGCUUCAUUGCGUCUCUCAGCAGUGUUGUGCUCUCUGCUCUGCAACAAUAAUAGUCCUUUCCUUCUUCCCUCAUUUACUCUCUCUUUUGUAGUGGAUUCACCCUCAUCCUCCAUCUAUCUCAUAUCUUGUGUUUGUCAGGAAAACUAAUUGCAUGCUCUUUAAUGAUGUUAUUAGCAUAAUGUGAUUUUUUUUACUGCAAAACAAAAGAAAGAAGUGUAUGCUUUGUAACGAGAACACCUGAUUAUGAUCAUCAUAGCUGUCUUACUAAUAGCACACAGUACAUCACACACCCCUGCAGCCCGACACCCCUGCUGCACUGUCUUGUUGUUAGCAGAUAGCCUUCACUGAUAAACAUGUGCCAUCUAAAGUGAGAUGUCAGUGACAAUAGUAUAUAGCCAUCCAUUGCAGAUUGAAAUGACUUUUUUGAGCGAUGCGUAAUGCAAUACUAGUGAUGGUGGGAUAAUUGAAAGACAUUUAAAGAGCUUUGCAUGGCCCUCUUACUGCUCACAGAUGAGCCUUCCCACCGUGAUGAAUUACAAAAACUGUGAUAAGCAAAGAAAAAUGCCUCGGCUCUGCUGGUGUCAGGAGAGAAUGACUGUAGAACCCCCAUGAAGAAUCACUCAUUUGCCGGCGUUUGUCAUUUCACUUGCUGCCAUUAGCUUUUUUGUGUGUUAUCACAUAUCAUUUGUUUUUCACUUUAUUAGCAAGACUCAUAAUGUUGCAUGUCUGAAGCCUUCUGUUAAAGGCACUUGGUGGCCUUACAGAUGCAUAAAGAAAUCAUCAGUGACAGGAUUAAGACAGUCUACAUUUUAUCCAUCACAUUUUUCUCUGAGGAGGAUUUAACGAUGGCUUGACAGGAUCGAGCCAUCUGCAUGUGUUGUAAGUAGCUUGUCUGCAGUACGUGGAGAGGGUCACCUUGACUCUUCUUCCUCUUAGUUCACUUCUGCAAUCCCAUUUCUUUGCCUCACUUUGUAACGGCAGACAAUUUUGCUGCUCAGUUUCAAACAAGACUCUUUUGUGUAUGUUGCUCUACUGCCCCCACUUGUUCAAUCUGUAGAAUUAAGUUCUCCUCAUUCUGCAGCAACUUCUGUCAUACUGUGGUCUGUGUGUGUGUGUGUGUGUGUGUGUGUGUGCGUGUGCGUGUGUGUGCAUGUUUGUGUUAAAGUGUCUUCCAUCCUCAUGUCUCCAUACCCUGUAGCGUUGUAUUAGAUUGGUGGCCCUGGUCAUCUCUCUAACGAGCCUCCAACCAAGCCCAUUAGGACCCUUGUUAAUGAGAUAAAUGAAGUUGCCUUGUCAUUGCCUGAAUAUAAAACACCAUGACCCCUGGCUGCCUUCCAGCACCUGCAUAAUAAACCCUCCCUAACAACUUUUUCUCCUUUGUGAAACGGUUCCUAAAUAGUCAAAUCUGUAUCUCACCUCUUUUUACCUCGUUUUACUCGCUAUGCUUGCUAUUGCAUGUAUUGUUACAACUAAGGGCUGUCCCAAAUAUGAUUUUUUUUUUGUCUUUUAGGGGGUGGGGUGUAAUGAGAGACAAAGACAUUAGAAGGACUUUUUUGAAACAGCACUUACUAGUCAGUGCACCUAAAAUAAUGUGACAAUUAGCCACAUA